AUGGAGAAAGAAGUAGAGGACAAAGUCGAUUCUGAUUUCGAUAUCGAUGAAGACGAUGAACUUAUUGAAGAUCCUAGUGUUGUCGAUGAACCCAAACGCAAGAGGAAAACUUUUACUAAAGCUUACAAGGAUAAACCAAAAAAAUCUGAGCAAGAAAAGAAGAGGCUGCAGGAGCAGAAGCCGAGGGCACCAAGACAGCAUAAAACUCAACAAUCUUUAGAUACCACAAUUGCUGAUUACGAGAGGAAAUCUACAAGAGUCUCGACCAAGGCCAAAUCAGAGCUGACCAGACAGAGGGUCAAGGAACGUGAUUCAGAACGAAUGGACAGGAAACAGGCCCGAGAGGAAGCCCGAAGAAGGUACAAGAGGGACAUGAAGUCACCAACUCAGGAGGAACGUUUGGCCGAGGCCAAAAUUACGGAAAUUGAAAAUUUGAAAUCAUUAGAUAAAUAUAAACAAAUGGAGAUUGAAAAAAAGAAGUGUCGGUACGACAAAAACUUCCAGUCUGUGCCAUUCAUAAGAUACCAUUCCUAUGCAGUCACAAUGGACCCUGAAACUAUCACCGAUAAUACUGUAAAAAAUAAUAACAACACUCUAACUACACCUGAAGACGUAGACUCCUCUAAAUCUACUACCGAAGACCAAAAUGGUAACCAGGAAGUAGAAAAACCAUUAAAGAUUGAAGAAUCAACUAAGCCUGAAGAGGUUGAGACCAAAGCUGAGGAUGAUGGUGAUAAAAUGGAUGUCGAUGGUAACGACAAUGUACCAAGUGAUAAUAAGGAUGUAGAUACUACUAAAACUGAAUCUUUGGAGGAUUCUAAAAUGGAUGUGGAUGAUGCUACGACAGUUGUAGAUAACGCAGAUGAAUUGAGUGAGAAGAAAUGUGGUGCCGAUAAGGAGAACUUAGAGACUAAUAGGACACAACCAAAGAUUUUAGAUAGAAUGAGAUAUGAAAGGACAUUCAUUUCCUUCCAUAAUGAUGUUGAUAACAAGAUUUAUGCCAAAGUGUUCCCCAAGUCUGAUAUGGCCAAGCCAAGAAGACAGACGUGUCCCAUAACAUUAUUACCAGCAAAGUAUUUCGAUCCCCUAACAAAGACCCCCUACAGGGAUUCGCAGGCUUUCAAAAUCCUGCGAGAGUCUUACUAUCUGUACCUGGAAAAUUAUUCCACAGACGUAGACAAGGAAGACGAGCAAUUCAAAGCCUGGUUGGACAUGAGAAAGCUCGAGAGACAGAAUCGAAUGAAACUCUGUGAUAAGGAACAACUCAACAAUAAUGGAAACGAGGAGACUGUUGCUGUUGUUAAAACUGAAGUAGUGGAAUAA